GGAGCCGUUGGUAAAUUGCAGUGGUAUCUUCCACAAACUUCCCACUCCCAAUUUCCUCUUUUUUGCUCAUUGCAUUAUUAUUCUUCCCUUCCAUCUCUUUACCAAGAGAUGGCAACAAAAGUUGCAAAUCAGCCAUUGUUUCCUAUGCCUUUUCCAGCCAUGUUCUUUCUUCUGUCAAUCAUUUUUGGGUUUGGAAUAACUCUCUCUGAUGCUGUUUCCCAAACUAGACACUACACAUGGGAAGUUGAAUACAUGUUUUGGUCCCCGGACUGUAAAGAAAACCUCGUCAUGGGAAUCAACGGCCAGUUUCCCGGGCCAACUAUUAGAGCCAAUGUUGGUGACACUGUGGUUGUAGAGAUGAUUAACAAGCUCUCCACUGAAGAUGUUGUCAUUCAUUGGCAUGGAAUCCUACAGAAGGGAACUCCCUGGGCCGAUGGCACUGCUUCCAUCUCGCAGUGUGCGACUAACCCAGGCGAAUCCUUCACUUACCAGUUCGUAGUAGAUAAGCCUGGGACAUAUUUCUAUCAUGGUCAUUUGGGUAUGCAGAGAGCGGCUGGGUUAUAUGGAUCCUUGAUAGUGGAUCCAGAAGAAGGAGAGAAAGAGCCGUUCCAUUACGACGAAGAAAUCAACUUGUUGCUUAGUGAUUGGUGGCACGAAAGCAUUCUAAAGCAAGAAAUUGGCCUUAGCUCUAGCCCAAUGCGUUGGAUUGGUGAACCACAGUCCAUACUCAUAAAUGGGAGAGGGCAAAGCAAUUGUUCAAUUGCAGCUAAAUACAUGAACAUGAAGAAAAUGGAGCAAUGUAAGUUGAGUGGAAGUGAACAAUGUGCACCUUUUAUCCUCGAAGUCAAACCCAAUAAGAUUUAUAGGAUUAGAAUUACAAGUACCACUUCACUCUCUGCCCUCAACUUUGCCAUCGGGAAGCACAAACUAUUAGUGGUAGAAGCCGACGGCAACUACGUUCAACCAUUUCUAACUUCCGACAUCGACAUUUAUUCCGGCGAAUCUUACUCCGUCCUCAUCAACACCGACCAAAAACCAUCGGAGAACUACUGGGUUUCCCUCGGUAUCCGCGGCCGUGAUCCCAAAACCCCUCCAGGCCUAACAAUCCUCAACUACCUCCCCAACCCCGUCUCCAAAUUACCCACUUCUCCGCCACCCGAAACCCCCAAAUGGAACGAUUACGACCGAAGCAAAAACUUCACAUUCCAAAUCUUAGCUGCCAUGGGCAGUCCAAAGCCACCGCUAAAAUCCACCCGCCGCAUCUUCCUCCUCAACACCCAAAAUAAAAUGAACGGCGGAUACACAAAAUGGGCAAUCAACAACGUCUCUUUAGCCCUCCCCUCAACGCCGUACCUUGGCGCCAUUAAAAUCGGGCUAAACCACACCUUCGACCAGAAUCCCCCACCGGAAACAUACCCAGAAGACUACGACAUCAACAAGCCACCACCGAACAGAAACACCAUCACCGGAAACGGCGUUUACCGGUUCCAAAUAGGGGAAAUCGUGGAUGUUGUUCUACAAAAUGCCAACACAUUGAACGACAAGCAUAGCGAGAUUCACCCUUGGCAUUUACACGGCCAUGAUUUUUGGGUUUUGGGGUAUGGAGAGGGGAAAUUUUCCUCUGCUGCGGAUGAGACGAAAUUGAAUCUAAAGAACCCGCCGUUGAGGAAUACGGUGGUGAUUUUCCCAUUUGGGUGGACGGUGCUUCGAUUUGUGGCGGAUAAUCCAGGGGUUUAGGCUUUUCAUUGCCACAUUGAACCUCAUUUGCAUAUGGGAAUGGGGGUUAUAUUCGCCGAAGGAGUUCAUAAGGUUGGGAGAAUUCCGACGAACGCUAUGGCUUGCGGUGGCACUGCGAAAGCGCUUAUUCGGAACCCCACUCAAAAGCCCUAGAAUUGAAAUCCCUAAAAUACUCCUGAAAAAGCUAUAGAAAAUGUGGCUAUUUAGGGUUUGUUGAAGUAAUUUACUCUAUUCUCUUGUUGUGUUAUUUGCUAGCACUCUUCUUUCUUGGUUAAAUUAUGAAUGGGGUGUUUGUAUUUUGGAGUUUGUUCCAUUUUAAUUCUCCAUUUUUAAUAAAGUUUUAAAUUUAGUCUCAA